AUGAGCGUCACAUUUGAAGUCUUCCGUGGAUCGCAGGAGGGAAAGAUCGUUGCGGAUAAGACCACUCGCACUCUUGAGCACAAUGAAGUCUACAUCGAGACCACUCAUUCUGGUCUCUGCGGUACCGAUGAGCACUUCCUGAAGUCUGGCAUGGUUUUGGGUCACGAGGGUGUUGGUGUGAUUCGUCAAAUCGGCCGUGAUGUUACCAAUGUCAAGGUCGGCCAGCGCGUUGGAUUUGGAUUCACUCACUACGUUUGCGGAACCUGUGAAAAGUGCUUGACCGGAUGGGACCAAUACUGCGAGAACAAGAAAGAAUAUGGUAGCCAUGAUCACGACUUGGGAUCUUUCAGCGAGGGCGUCGUCUGGGAUGCCGCCUGCGUUGUCCCUAUUCCCGAUGGAUAUGACUCCGCCGAUGCCGCACCAUUGAUGUGCGCCGGAGGAACCGUGUGGACCGUCUUGUCGGAGUAUGGUGUCCGCUCGACUGACCGCGUGGGUAUCAUGGGUAUCGGCGGUCUCGGUCAUUUGGCUAUCAAGCUGGCUGCUGCCAUGGGAUGCCAUGUUGUUGUCUUCUCCAGCAGCGAGGCCAAGCGUGAGGAGGCCUUCAGCUUCGGUGCCUCUGAAUACCACGUUUUCAAGGCUGGACAGGAGUUGACUGACCUCAAGCCGGUCAACCACCUCUUGCUCUGUGGCAGUGCCAAUGUCGACUAUCCUUCCCUUCUUCCCCUGUUGGAUAUCCAUGGAACGAUCUACCCUCUGACUGUCGACUUUGCGCCUUCGCCAGUUCCGAUGCUGUCGAUGAACACAAAGGGUGCUCGCAUCCAGGGUUCCCUCGUCGCAUCUCGCCACUGCCUCCAGUCGCUGGUCAAGUUUGCUGCCGCGAAGAAGAUUACUCCUACUACCAUGAAGUUCUCCUUGGAUUGCAAGGGAAUCGAGGAAGCGAUGCAGACUCUUCGUGAUGGCAAGAUGCGCUAUCGCGGUGUCCUGGUGCGCCAGUGA